ACAUCCAUUUCCGGGUAAAAUACACAGCUGUGAGUGGAUCAGUGUCCCCCAGUCAGCCGACGUAUUCAGACCUGCACGCGACCAUGGAGCAGACGACAGCCAGGUGGGAGCAGACGAUACGUGGCCAGCAGACGACAGUGAAGUCUAACAAUGGAGUUAACAGUGACGCGUCUACUAAUAGUUCCCGUCGGAGCGAUUCCUCGGAGAAACAGACACUACCAGUAGACUCCAGUUCACGCGCAGCCCGAGAUGGAAACUCCCCACAGUGGAGGCUCAUGGGGCCGUAUUCAGAGAUGAAAACCGUGAAGUGUCGUAGAGUUCACGCCAAGCUUGGCUCCAGUAAGGAUUUGGCGUUGUUUUGUGAGGAGGGAAAACUCUAUGCUAUGGGAGCCUGGUGCAGCCACAUGGGGGGCCCGCUGUUUCAAGGUCAGAUCGAGGAUUACAAGGGAAAGUGUCACGUGAUGUGUCCCUGGCACGCCUACAUGUUUGACCUGAAGACCGGGAAGAACGAAAUCGGACUGGAGCAAGACGUGUUUCCCGUCAAGGUCGAGGCAGGGCUUGUGUACAUCCAACACAAGUCUGAGCUGUCACUCAACCCGUUCCUAUAGCAACCAGACAAUUACAUCGAAGCAUUCGGCACAAAUCGACAAGGUAGAGAACGAGAUACCGAAGAUCACGAAGGAGUUCCACAGACAUCCAUCAACGUCAUAGAUGCCAGUGGCUGGCGAGAGAUCAUCUCCUGACAUUCACGGCCGUGGCCGUCAUUUUCCUGGGGACAGGAAUCUCAACACACACUCAUCGCCUCUCUGUCAAAUGGCUUGACUGUCAUAACACCUAACAUUUAAGAAGAGAUACGUUUAAAAUUUAUGAAACAAUUUACAAAUUAUUGUCAAGAUCUCACGGCACAUCAACAGGUAUUAUUGAGCCGGUUGAUUUUUCUACCAGAGUGUACCGUUACAGAAAAUGUGUUUGUUUGUUUGUUUGUUGUUUAACGCCGCACUCAGCAAUAUUCCAGCUAUAUGACGGCGGUCUAUAAAAUAAUCGAGUCUAGACCAGACAAUCCAGUGAUUGACAUCAUGA